AUCUUAGCUUAAAAACCGCACGAAAUCUGAACUAAUUGUAAUUUAAGAAAUAAAAAUGAGCGUCAAACUGAAAAAUAAUAUCGUUUCUACAUUCAAAAUGCACGGACUGACUUUGAAAGGAGAUGCCACAAAAUAUUUACAUGAUGUGCUAUCAAACAUGGGAGCUGAUGAUCAGAAUGAACACCUCGAGAAAUUAAUUGAGUCCAUUCAAAAACUACCCUUAGAAUCUCCAGUCAUUGGCAGAGAGCACUGUGAACUAUCCAUUGCAGACAUUAAUCAUGAAACCUCUGAUGAAAACCUGGAAGUGUUUAAAGUGACUGAUGUCUUCUCCAUUCCACAUUUCACUUAUAAUAAUGAGACUAAAAAAUUUACCAUUUCAAAAGUUGAGAAGUCUCUGGCCCCUGAUUCCUCGUGGAAAAUCAAGUUAUUUCUUGAUAGAUAUAAUAUCAUACAUCAAAGGACAAUAAGGCAUGACCUGUUUGCACCAUCCUAUCUUCUGAAUGCCAGGGAGGGAGCUAACAAAUUCGAACUAAAGACUUUAGACUACUUACUUGGCAGUACCACAAAGUUAGGGGACGUUAUAGUUCUGGGUAUGCUUACUCAGUUGAAAGAGGGUGUAUGGUACCUUGAAGACCCAACUGGCGUUGUCAAAUUGAACCUUAGCAAAACUAACUUCCACACUGGCCUGUUCACUGAAAAUUCUUUUGUCCUAGCUGGUGGUUGCUAUGACGACGAAAUUUUUCACGUGAACGCCCUGGGUUUCCCGCCACCUGAAACGUCUGCAGUUUCGAGGCAAUUUUUAGGUAAUAUAAAUUUGUUUGGAGGCAGUGCUGAGUUGAACUCAAAUGAACUGGCGAGAUUGAAGCAGCUUGAGAUGGAGGAUGAUAAUGCCAUGUUCGUCUUCAUAUCAGAUCUCUGGCUCGAUGAUAACAAGGUGAUGCAGAAGCUGAGAACUCUGUUUGAUGGGUACUCGCCUACUCCUCCCUCCUGCUUCGUCUUUGCUGGCAACUUUCUAUCCAGGGCUUAUGGACAUGAACAUUUGAAAGUUCUCAAAGAGGCCUUUGAAACACUGGCCGAUCUGAUAGCAGACUUUCCGUCAAUAAAUGAAACCAGUCGAUUCUUAUUUAUUCCCGGACCUCAAGAUCCUGGUCCGUGUCCCAUCCUUCCGAGACCAGGAAUCCCAGCAUUCAUUCACGAGCCAGUGAUGAAGAAGGUAUCCAACUGCAUCUUCGCCUCCAACCCCUGCCGGUUGCGAUACUAUUCUCAAGAAAUCGUCAUAUUCAGAGAAGAUAUCAUUGUUAAAAUGUGUCGAAAUUGUCUACGCUAUCCAAACGAUAAUAACAUUCCAAAUCACUUUGUAAAAACGAUGGUGUGUCAGAGCCAUCUAUGUCCACUGCCUCUCCAUGUCGAGCCAAUUUUCUGGUCCUAUGAUAAUGCCCUCCGACUCUACCCCCUACCCGACCUUAUUGUCUGCUGCGACAGAUUUGACCCAUAUACCAUCAGCCAAUCAGAUUGCUGUGUCACUAAUCCAGGUUCUUUCCCAAGAAGUGAAUUUUCUUUCAAAGUUUAUUGGCCAUCCUCCAAAAAAGUUGAGGACAGCAAAAUAUUUAGUUAAAUGAAUGCCUGUUGCAAUUAAAAAGUGCCCAAGUUUUAGAUGAUGCAUUAUUUUAAGAGAGGAUUUCGUCUGCAUACGUAUUAUAUACAUGCGGUUAAUUUAUGUGUUCUGUAAAAUAAAUAAUCUGCUAAUAAAUAGUGUAGUUUAUUCAAUAAAACAUUCGGAAUAUGA